AUGCGUAUUCCAGUUGCCAAUUCAUCAACCAACGGUUCACAGGGUGAGCCCAAGGACCACCGUAUUCUCAUUUUCCUUCCGUUUCCCCUUACCGAGGAGUCUCUCCAGCAUAUUCGAGACGAAUUUCCCGGCAUUAGCGUCUCCGCUUAUCAGGUGCCGUGGCGCAGCACGAAGCCGCCAGCUGAGGUUUCGGCCGAGGAGCUCGCCAACGCGACGAUCCUCGUCACUGGGUCAGUUCUUCCUGCGAAGGAACAAGUCCCGAAGAUCCGCUAUAUACAGCUGGCGUCCGCAGGCGCCAAUCACAUCUUAGAUCAUCCCCUCUUCACCGAGACGGAUAUUCUCUUCUGCACUGCCAAUGGAGUUCACGGGCCCCAGAUAUCCGAAUGGGUCAUCUCGACGUAUCUUGCUUUCCAACAUCACCUCCCUAGAUAUCUAGAGCUCCAGAAGCAAGGAAAGUGGGACAGAGAGGCCCGGUUGGUUCAGGAUUCGGUCAACCGUAGAGUAGGAAUUCUAGGUUACGGAAGCAUCGGCCGCCAGACCGCCCGCGUUGCGACUGCCUUAGGAGCGGACGUUCACGCAUAUACGCUUCAUCCACGUGAUACGCCAGAGUCGCGCCGUGACACUUCCUACUAUCCUCCUGGACUCGGUGACCCAGAUGGCACCCUUCCAUCGAAGUGGUUCUCGGGCGAGUCUACUGCGGAUCUUCACGCUUUCCUCUCUUCCGGCCUUGACCUCCUCGUCAUUGCCCUUCCGCUUACCCCUAAGACCAAACAUCUCAUCGGCGCCGAAGAAUUCAAAGUCUUGGGCAAGAAGGCGUUUGUCACCAAUAUUGCCAGAGGUCCUAUUAUCAAGACAGACGACUUAAUCCAGGCUCUUGAGGAGGAGACAAUUAGUGGCGCAGCUUUGGAUGUUACUGAUCCAGAGCCAUUGCCGGAGGGCCAUGCGCUUUGGAGUACCAAGAACGUGAUCAUAACGCCGCACUCUGUCGGAAUUAUCCGCGGUGCGAAAGGCGCCUGGAACAUCACCACUUCCAUCAGCAUCGUGACCUUCAGCCUUCAGCCUUCAGCCUUCAAAAUGAGCGGCAGAGGAUACUCGUACAAGAGCAGUGGCACCAAUAGCCAGGGCAACCACUACUGUGCCCGUGACUACGGCAGCAGCGCGUCCAACUCUAACAGCUAUCACUACUCCAACUCCAAUGGCUCGUACUACUACUCGAACCCCAAUGGCAGCACCUAUUACAACAAUGGGCAGGGCAGUUCCACCUAUACUCCGCCUUCCAGCAAUGGCAAUUCCGGUAGCUCGGGAAGCGCUAAGAAAUAA